UCUAUAAAUACCACCACAGUCCAGUCUAUUCCCAUUCACAUCAAUCCUUACUAUUCUUGAUUUAAUUAAAAUUCUCUCAACUUCUCUGUUUCUCCAACGUUCUCUCUAUAUUUCAAGAAGUGAUUCUGUACGUGUGUGGUUCAAGAAUGGCGUUGAUCUUGAGGGGUGAUGAAGUUGAAGUUUGCAGCAAGCAAGUUGGUUUUGUGGGUUCUUACUACGCAGCCACUGUGAUCAACAACUAUGGCAACCAAUCCUAUGCCGUGCGCUACAAGAACUUGGUAUCAGAAGACGAUGAAUCUCAGCCACUCAUUGAGAUUGUCUCUGCGGACGAGGUCAGGCCCAUGCCACGCACGGUUUCGGCUUCUGGGUUUUCUCUAUAUGAUGGGGUUGAUGCUUAUGAUAAUGAUGGUUGGUGGGUCGGCACGAUUUCUGGGAAGCAAGGCUCCAAUCACUACUAUGUGUUCUUCGACACAUAUGGAGUUGAGAUUCUAUACCCACUCUCUCGCUUGAGGCCUCAUCGUGAAACCAAUGGCAUGUGGGUUACAAAGAAAAGGGUCUAAUGGUGCCAUUCUUUUGGUCAUUCAUCUGAUGAGUGACGAACGCUACUGGGUUUUAAUUUAGUAGAGUUUCUUUAAU